AUGGUCAGGUGGCAGUUGUUGCUAGAAGAAUUUGACAUCACUUAUGUAACACAAAAGUCAAUAAAGGGAAUAACAAUAGCUGAUCACUUAGCAGCACAAUCUAUUCCAAAUUGUGAGACACUCAUAACAGAAUUUCCUGACGAGCAUAUUCUUGUUGCUGAUCAAGAUGAUGAAGGUGAAUUGUGGAGGAUGUAUUUUGAUGGAGCAAUGAACCCAGUUGGUAAAGGAGCGAGGGCAAUUUUGAUAUCUCCUGAUGAGCUUGAGAGCUUCCUUGGAGUUAUCAGUCAAGAAGUUGGAGGUAUAUGGAGAUUCGUUGCUGAUUGUCAAUCAAACACAGAAAGUCUGGAAGAUCAAGGAAGAAAAGCUAGUUCCAUCCAUGAAUUCCUCAUGAAGCUGGUGGAGAAAUUUGACUGCAUUACUUUUCAUCAUAUUUAUAGAGACAAUAAUCAGUUUUCAAAUGCAUUAGCUUCUUUAGCAUCACUAAUCCCGAUCCCAAGAGAUUCUACAGUCAAACCCAUCGAGGUGGCACGAAGAGAGAAACCAGAUUACUGUUAUGUUGUUGAGAUCGAAGCAGAAACACCUGAAGGAGAUCCAUGGUACGAUGAUAUCAAGUAUUAUUUAUAG